CGCUGAUUUCGUUCAUGUCAAGGCAGUGGUGAAAUCCAUCUUUUGCCCUAACUCCUUCGAUUAUUUUGUGUUUAUUUACCUAUUUAGAAGUGAUUUAACUGUUAGUAUCGAUGAUGGGGGUUUGCGAAGACAGCAACACAGUCACAGCUGAAAAGCAACCGAUAUUCAUCAAAGAUGACCUCAAGAAUGUUUCAUCGCCAAGAAAGCAGAAGAUGUCAAAGCACAAGUCACCAAAACGUUGUAAACACGAGAAGAUGGAUACAGAAGUUGAGAUGUCGAGGGGCAAGGGAAAAAGACGUCUCAGAAGGUUUGAGAACUUGAAGUACCUUUUAAGUCUGGUCGAGAGUGAAGACUUGGAUGAGAUGAAUAUUGGUGACUUCAUGGAGCCAACCAUGUCGGCCUUCGCUGAGCUGUUGGCAGAACAAGAAAAGAUGAAGGUGUGGAAUGAUUUCGUCAACCACACGGAAGAAGAACAGAACUUCUUCCUGCAGAAUCAGCAGUAUUCUGAUGAGGCUGCGGGGGAGGUUGGAGAGACGUCAAGCAAACCUGCUCAGGAUGACCAUGACUGGGUGCAUCUUGAUGAUAAGCGAGAGGCUCACCCUGCCUUCUCUGCUGAUGAGUGCUUCCAAAGAAUUGAUUCGAAUCUCAAAGCCUUGCUGCAUAAGAGGCAACUGCCGAGGGGUGUCAUCUGCCAACUUGAAGAGCAGAUCAUUAUGUUCUUCAAGGAAUGGCCGACAUCUGUGUACGUCUCUAAAGUGCCAAGCAGUUUUGAGCGGCUGCUGCUUCAUGCUGUCUGUCAGUACCUUGAUCUCAAAUCACACAGUUUUUGCUGUCAAGGAGAAAGACAAACAGAAGUUGAAAACAAGCACCAAACAUUUCUCCCACCUGACACUGCGCUCAGCACAUAUCUGGAAUCAAAAUUGGUGCUUCAUUGACCAAUGGAAGUUGGCUUGUACAUGUGUCUAUUGACCAAUGGAAGUUGGCUUGUACAUGUGUCUAUUGACCAAUGGAAGUUGGCUUGUACAUGUGUCUAUUGACCAAUGGAAGUUGGCUUGUACAUGUGUCUAUUGACCAAUGGAAGUUGGCUUGUACAUGUGUCUAAACAUUGUUAAUGUUCCCAUGCAGCAUUGACAUGAGUCAUGAAAAAUCAAGUUAGUCAUUAUUAAUGUUGUUGUGAGCUUUGCCAUUUUGAAAUAGCUGGCAAUAGUUGACAACAAAGGUAUCAUGUCUGAUGAAUCCAAUAUAAAUCAUGGUAUGAGUGUGAGUGGUUUCCACCAAUCGUUUAGAACAUGUACAUGAAUUUGAUCUGUAAUCAUGUAAGAACUGAAAAUGACACUUGUCAACAAAACCAGAAAAUAUUUUGAAAUCUUCACCUGCUGGCAAUUUCUUUUGGAAGUUAUUGGCAUUCUUUCAAAGACGUUUAAACCAAUCUAACUUCAAUCCUUACAUGAUCCAGAGUUAUUUAUUGCUUUAAUCAAAGUGCUGUUAUUGUGUAAUUAUGAUGGUUUGCCCGUCCUGUUCAUCCCAGCAUGUCACUAAAUGUUAUUGACCUGAUAUUAGACGCUCCCUUACUAAUCAGGAUACGGCAGGUUGGGUAUAUCAUUCAGGAAUAUUGGGUUGAUAUAUUACAAGUUACUCAUUACUAUAGAGAGGUGUGUUUAGUCAAUUGACCCUGGCGAUGUGAAUCAAGACUAGCAAAUACUUUCAAUGUUAUACAGAAAGGCCUUGUGUAAAUGUCCAUGCAGUUUUAGACAAAAGCAUUUGCUAGCCUUUAUUUAUAUCACCCAUUGUCUCGUGUUUGGCCAUAUUCAGGUAUUGGGAUUGUCAAAGAAAAAGCAUUUAUGCCAUGUAUUGCAUAGUUGAUUGAUAAUAGUGUGUUAAUGUAAUUAAGUUGGCUUAGUGGUGCCUGUACAAAGGGCCUAUUUUACUUGUGAUGCUUAGGUGUAUAACAAGACAAGGCUGAGUAGGCUUGAUUGCUCUAACACAACAUACAUGACAUUAGUAUUUGUGGAUGUAUGUUGCAACAUCUCUCACCAACUGUCUAGAAUUUGACUUUGUAAGGAAAGUCCAAAUUGUCAAAUAAUGCCCUUUAUACAUUGGCAUUGUGUAUACAUGUAUAUGUAGUGGAAACUGUAAUGAUAUACAAGUGUAUACCUGUAUUUUACCUCUUCAAGUGUUUAUUUUGUGAAUGGUUUUUUCGAUUUUAUGCAGACAGCAGGUUGAUGAGGUGCACACAUGCCAUCUUAUUCAUAGGGUAUCGCAAGGAUCUGUGGACAAGUGGACAAGUCCCCACACCAUGAAUGCACUUUUCCUACACAGAACCCUCAAAGAUUUGGAAUAAGGUUUACCCUAACCUUCGUUUUAUUUGUUGUUUAAGAGUUUAAAAAUGCAGUCGCUGGUACAUUUUCCUAUCUCAACCAACUCAAUUCGUUGUUGUAUAAUGAUCUUUCUCCUGUGACACUACUCACUGUUAAGUUUCUUCCCUUUCUAAAUAAGUAAACAUUCCUUUGAAAUAGCAAGUUCAGGGUUGUUGUCCAAACUUUUAAUGGUAAAUAAAUGUAUCAAUGGUAAAUAAAUGUAUCAAUGGAA